AUGAAACGGAGGAAAAUUGAAGGUCUUUCGUUUUACCCUCUUUUCCCUUUAAAAAUGUUCCCUUUAAAGACAUCUGCACGGAAAAAGGUUCUGAAGGAAGUGAAUUUUCAAUUCCUAACCCAAAUACUGGCAUCGUACAAUGCUACUACUUCCGAGGAAGAUCGUCAAAUUUUCGAUGCAUUAGAGUUCCUGAUAUUAGUUUAUUCUGACCCGUCCCUUAUUUUUAGUAUGAUUUCACCUAUAGUUUGGGGAGAGCAGUCAAAGGAAAUCUAUAAAAAGCGUGGUCAAUUAGGUGGAACUCUCAGUCGGACGACGCCGGAACAGGAUGCCCGUGAGGAUGCCCGUGAUGGUAAAGUUCUCUACGACGUCCGAUUUCUUCUGCGAUUGUUUUUGAGCAUGAUGCACCCAGGAUCAGAGUUGAAAUAUCGCUCAUUCGUGGAACGGAAUGGAUUGGCCUUGGUGUUUUCAUGCACCUCAUCUACAGAUAUCACAGUUCGAAGGCUGGCUUACUGUGUAUUGCAGAAGUUCUUAACAUCACUACAUGAACUCGACAUUGAUACCGCUGAUGACCGAUAUAAGAACCUGUAUGUAUAUUUACUGCGUAUUUUGAAGCAAAGUAUCGAAACUGAAGCCCCAAGGUUACCCCACAUGGUUUCUCAUUUCUUUGCUCGGGUCUCAAAACUUAUCCUUCAUCCGGAAUCGCCAGUGUAUCCAGCCGUUCUGUCAUUCUUCAUUUUGAAGCCUGUCAUCGAUCUGAACAACGUUCCGGAGUUUUAUAAAUUGCUUCUCAGUUCUUCGGCAAGUUACCAUAAACAAGAGCGGGAGUGGAUAUUGACGCUAAUUCUUGAUGCCCUUAUCGAACCAAGAGACUACAAUGUACUUCAAAGUCGUUCCGGUAUCAAAGUGAUGUUGUGUCUGUUUACAACAUGUAUGGUUGAUAUGGUGGCACGCCGCCUAAUUCUAAGUAUUCUUAAAGCUGCGGUGCAAAUGCCUACGGUGGCUCAUGAUUUGUUCUAUCGAAUGAAUCUACAGUCGUGGAUCGCCUCCGUCAUU